AUGGGCGCAACCGAGUCGCACUGGGCGCCAUUCUCCCGCGUCGCCGAUCCUGAGAGCCAGCGCCAGAAUCGCCCACCCCAUGAGUUUCCCAAUGGCUCCGUGUACGAAGGCCAAUGGGUAGGACCUGCAAGAGAGGGACAUGGAGUACAGAGGUGGCCGGAUGCCGCCUGCUACACCGGUCAGUGGGUCAAGGACAAAGCGCAGGGCAUGGGAAAAUUCGUACACGCUGCCGGUGAUUGGUACGAAGGUCAGUACUUGGACGACAUGCAGCAUGGCUAUGGAGUGGCGAUGUAUAUGGACGGCUCGAAGUACACUGGAAACUUUUGGUGCGACAAGCAUCAUGGGGAUGGCGUUGAGGUUUGGCCAGAUGGAAAGCGAUUCCAGGGCACCUAUUACCAGGGGAUCAAGCAUGGCGAGGGCACUUUUCGGUGGCCGGAUGGAUCUAGUUACAUUGGCAAUUUCGAAGCAAACAACCUGAGCGGCAUUGGUACGUAUUCAUGGGCAGAUGGCCGGAGUUACACUGGUGAGUGGGAGAAGAAUACCAUGCACGGCAAAGGCACCUUUUCAUAUGGAGAUGGUCGAUCGUACACUGGCGACUUCUUUGAGGAUGUGAAGCACGGUCACGGUGUCUUCAGCUGGCCCGAUGGCAGGCAAUAUGCUGGUGAAUGGAAGAAUGGCAAGCGCCAUGGCAAGGGCAGGUAUCCCCAGUCCUCAGCAAUCAAAGUAGAUUGUUCCCCGCCAUUGCCCAUGAUGCUCUUCACCACCCUCCUGUUGAGCGCCUUUGCCGCUGGCUACCAUUUGCCUGAGCCUCCCAAUUGCAGUGAAGAAGAACUCAUGAACGGCUACAAUCACACUCUUCGUGGCGGGUGGAUGGACCUCAGUAUGUAUACCACAUGGCCACGCGACAUCAACCAUCACCAGGACCCUAUCAACUUCACUCAAGCGGCAGGCAUUUGCACGGAAAAAAAUCUGGCCAAUGCAUCAGGAAAUGAAUCACUCUUCUGUAUCAGCACCCCGCUUCCUUUCUUCAGCCAGUGCCUCCGUGUCAAGAAAUCGAUCCCUUUGAACGUGACCAAUGUGACCAAUGUUCUUUCGUCCUGCCACGACUUUGAAUCCAUUGGAACGGACGUCCUGAACGAGGCGAAGUUUCCUUUCGAGAGUCGCUUCUGCCACAAGUCCCUGCAUGGUGACCUCACGAGGCUCCUUUUAGUGGGCACUCGUCAAGGUGCGGAGCGAUGGAUUGUGGAUGACGCGCAGUUUGUCCCUGAACGUGACACUGGCGUGCUUCAUUGCUUUCUUUUGCCUGCACGGGAUGAGAGGUUCCCAGCUUGA